UCAUCCAAACUAAACAACCAUUUUCGGAGUUGAGGUAUUCACUUGGGUAGAAGAUAAAAUUUUAGGUACUUAUCUGUCUUUACGUGUCCCCGCUCGGCGCUCGCUCUCCUUUUUUCCAGUCGUUACCGGAAGUCCGGAACGUGGACGACGUGGCUCGUAAGCCAGCUCCGAUUAGACACAUUUUAACUCCAACUUAAACUCACCUGACAGACAAAAACCUCCAUAAUCUCUUCCGUCUCUCUCAACACAGAGAAACUCAAAAGAGUGAAUUAAGGAAGAAAAAAAACGCGAAAACCUUCUUUCCCUGUUUCUCUCAAAAAGUCUCCAAAACCCUAGGCAUCUUCUUCCCGCUUCAUCUCUCUCUCUCUUUCGGCGGUUGAAUCCAUAGCAAUGGCCGACGAGCCGGCGUCACCAUCGCCGUCGCAAUCGGCGGCGCCGCUGGGAUCCUCGGUCAUCCCCAUCGUCAACAAGCUCCAGGACAUCUUCGCUCAGCUUGGAAGCCAGUCCACGAUUGACUUGCCGCAGGUGGCGGUGGUCGGCAGCCAGAGCAGCGGCAAAUCCAGUGUUCUCGAGGCUCUGGUCGGGAGGGAUUUCCUGCCGCGCGGGAGCGAUAUCUGCACGCGCCGGCCGCUGGUGUUGCAGUUGGUGCAGACGAAGAGGAAGGGCGACGGGAUUGAAGAGGAGUGGGGGGAGUUCCUCCACCGUCCCGAUAUGCGCUUCUAUGAUUUCUCGGAGAUCCGCAGAGAAAUUGAGGCUGUAACAGCUAAGGAAGCAGGAGACAACAAAGGUGUCUCAGACAAGCAGAUCCGUUUGAAGAUUUUCUCCCCAAAUGUUCUUGACAUGACACUUGUCGAUCUUCCCGGGAUAACAAAAGUGCCUGUUGGUGAUCAACCCACGGACAUUGAAUCAAGAAUUAGAACAAUGAUCAUGUCGUACAUUAAAAAACCUAGCUGCCUUAUUCUGGCUGUCACUGCUGCUAAUGCGGAUUUGGCGAACUCAGAUGCACUUCAGAUUGCAGGAAUUGCUGAUCCUGAUGGUUACAGGACAAUUGGCAUUAUCACAAAGCUGGAUAUCAUGGAUAGAGGCACUGAUGCCCGUAACUUGUUACUUGGAAAAGUGAUUCCCCUUCGACUUGGUUAUGUUGGCGUUGUGAAUCGUAGUCAAGAGGAUAUCAAUCUCAAUCGAACUAUUAAGGAUGCACUUGCAGCAGAGGAGAGGUUCUUUCGCUCUCAUCCAGUAUACAAUUCCUUGGCUGAUCGAUGCGGUAUUCCUCAGCUUGCCAAGAAGUUGAAUCAUAUUUUAGUGCAGCAUAUCAAAGGGAUUCUCCCAGUGCUGAAAUCACGGAUAAGUGAUGCUCUUGUUUCUGUUGCAAAGGAGCAUGCCAGCUACGGAGAAAUCACUGAGUCUAAGGCUGGUCAAGGUGCUCUUCUGUUGAAUAUCUUUUCAAAAUAUGGGAAAGCUUUUUCUUCAAUGUUGGAGGGGGAAAAUGAAGAAACAUCAACAACUCAGCUGUCUGGUUUAGCGCGCAUCAAAUAUGUCUUCCAGUCAAUUUUUGUCAAGAGUUUGGAGGGGGUUGAUCCUUGUGAAGAUCUGACAGAUGAUGACAUCCGAACUGCGAUUCGAAAUGCUUGUGGUUCUAAUGCUGCAUUGUUUGUACCAGUUAUUCCUUUUGAAGUUCUUGUUCGGAGGCAAAUUGCCCGGUUAUUGUAUCCAAGCCUGCAGUGUGCAAGAUUCAUAUAUGAUGAGCUACUAAAGAUUAGCCAUCGCUGUCUAGCCAAUGAGCUGCAGCGGUUUCCUAUUCUUAAAAAACGCAUGGAUGAAGUUAUUGGGAACUUUUUGCGGGAUGGGCUUGAACCAUCGGAGACGAUGAUUGGGCAUCUUAUUGAAAUGGAGAUGGACUACAUAAAUACUUCUCACCCAAAUUUUAUUGGAGGGACCAAUGCUGUGGAAGUUGCGGAGCAACAAGUAAAGACAUCAAAAGUUAAUCCUGCAAUCUCCAGGCCAAAGGAUGUCGCUGAAGCUGAUAAAGCACCAUCCUCCGAAAGGAGUCUGAAGACUCGAGCUAUUCUUGGCAGACCUGUCAAUGGGUUUGCACCUGAUCAGGGAGUACGCCGAGUGGCAGAUGUUGAGAAGGUUGCACCAUCCGGAAAUCAUAGCGGCUCUUCAUGGGGCAUUUCGUCAAUUUUCAAGGGAAGUAAUAGUUCCCGUAUGUCAUCUGAGAACUCAGCAAGUAUGGGAUAUAUGGAGGCAGUUCAUGGAAGUGACCCUUUGGACAAGAGCCUGUCUGUGAUCCAUUUGCAAGAGCCACCAGAAAUGUUGAGACCUUCAGAUACCCCCUCGGAGCAGGAGGCUGUUGAAAUCAAAGUCAUUAAAUUGCUAUUGACGUCGUACUACAAUAUUGUUCGGAAGAACAUUGAGGAUUUAGUUCCAAAAACCAUCAUGCACUUUCUGGUACAGCAUGCCAAACGAGAGCUGCACAAUGUCUUGAUUAAGAAGCUUUACAGGGAGAACUUGUUUGAGGAGAUGUUGCAAGAGCCCGACGAGAUUUCAGUGAAGCGAAAGCGGACAAGAGAUACCCUCAAAGUCCUUCAACAAGCAUUUCGAACAUUGGAAGAACUGCCGCUGGAAGCUGAAUCCGUGGAAAGAGGGCACAGCUCUGGUUCUGAUACAACGGGGUUGCCGAAAAUGCAAGGAUUCCCUCUAUCCUCUUCAAUGUAUGCAGGAGGCGGCAACAGCUUAAACGGAUUCUACGCUGGUUCUCCACAGACGUCUAGGAAGUUGUCGUCGUCUUCUCACUCCGGCGAGCUGCAGUCGCCAAUGCAUCACUACCCCAUGGUGGAUUCUAACGGAAGCGGGAGGGGCGCUUACAACAUGCCCAGUCUCUACCCUUUUGCUGAUUAGACAAUUCACAAUUUACCUUAGUUGGUUCUGAACUCUUCUAUUCGUGGCGUAUUUCGAAACCCUAAUAUGCGUAACAGGAAGUCGAAAUGUCCGUUUUGACCGUUGCAUCGUGUUAAUAUACACGUUUUUCCCAUGUAUUUCAUCUAUGAUUGAUACCUAGAUCAGGUUGUUUUUGGGUUGCAAAUUCAAUUGGUAAUUUUUUUUUUUGAGUUGUAAUGAUGGUUCCUGGCUGUAAAUGAUGGUUCCUUGGUUGGCAUAUUGAUGGAGAAGGCAUCAAUAUCUUUGAAUCACAUUUACAACAAUUUUAACCGUCAGGACAUAGAUACUAUAUAUAACAUUUUUCACAAUAAUCAUCCAUCUAUUAAUUGAAAGCGUAUUAGAUUGUAGCGCGACCGAACCGUUCCAUUGACGAUUCGACCUGCGAUUUUGAUCAUUAAUUUGUGUAGUUAGGAAGCCAUAACAAAAAGGUGGGGUUAUGAGAUGCGAUUUUGAUCAUUAAUUUGUGUCGUUAGGAAGCCGUAACAAAAAGAUGGGGUUAUGAGAUGAUGAAAUCGACAUAGGAAACAAGAGAACUCUAAUAUAGAGAAAUACAUAGUGGCAUAAGAAACGUGAGUCGAGAGAGCAGUAUGAAUCGUCGAGCCUCCUAAAAAAUCGUACAUGCAUUUUUUCUUUCCAUUGAGCUCUUUCAUUAAUUUAUGAAAAUAACUGACUAAUUUAUCAAAUUUCUUUUUUGAAAGGGUACUGUCUAUUUUUUAUCCAAAUCUUUUUCAGAUUCUUUUAUAUUAUCCAACCAUAUUAAAACUCUAUUAAUUAUCCAAAUCUUCCAUAAUGCAUCAAAAUAUUAGCCAUUUUUACGUUAUCGUUAAUAGUUUUGUAACUCUUUUCUUAGUUAAAAUACUAAAAUUUUGGAAUGUUGACCUUCAUGAGUUUCUUCCAAGUGAGUAUCAUGUUGACCUUAAUAGGUUUGGAUAAUAUAAAAGAAUAUGAAAAAUGUUUGAAUAGAAAAUAGCUAUUACCUUUUAAAAAAAGAUAAAGAUUAAAGUUAAAU